UUUGGUUCUUGUUAUUCACAUUAAUUCUCACUUAAAAGUUUCUUGUUUUUUGUUUACAUUUUCAUAAUGGCUCUUCUUUUUCCCUUCACCAAGUGUUCCUCUGUUGUACCUUUGGUUGCACUGUUUGUGCUGUUCAUAUGUGGCCUCCAAAUGACAGGAGUACACUCUGUUGGGGUAUGUUAUGGAAAAAUUGCUGAUAAUUUGCCAUCAGAUUCUGAUGUUGUAAAUCAUUGUCAUGCCAAUGGAAUCAAUAAAAUCAGACUAUAUUAUCCAGACACUAAUGUUUUGAAUGCUCUAAGGGGAAGUAACAUUGAAGUCCUUCUUGAUGUCCCAGUUGAACAUGUCAAAACUCUAGCACAAGAUCCUAAUCAAGCCAGAAUUUGGGUGAACAAUAACAUAAAAGCCUACUUCCCUAGUGUUAGAUUCAAGUAUAUCGCGGUUGGAAAUGAAAUCAGCCCAAUAAAACAUGUUGAAUUUGCUCCAUUUGUUGGUCCUGCGAUUGAGAAUGUCCAUAACGCGAUAGUAGAAGCAGGAUUGCAAGGCCAAAUUAAGGUCUCAACCGCGACAUAUUCAGCCUUGUUAACAAACACAUGGCCUCCCCAGAACAGUAUUUUUAAUCCAGACUGGAGAGGUUUCACUGAUCCAAUAGUGAAACUUCUCAAAGACAACAAUCUGCCGUUGCUAGUAAAUAUUUACCCAUAUUUCAGUUACAUCUAUAACACCAAAGACAUACCACUUUCUUAUGCAUUGUUUACAGAUUCAGGAAGAAACUCAGCUGGCUAUCAAAAUCUUUUUGACGCGCUAGUUGAUAGUAUGUACUAUGCUCUUGAGAAAUCUGGUGCACCUAACGUGGAGAUUGUUGUUUCGGAGACUGGUUGGCCUUCUUAUGGACACCCUGCUGCAACAACUGAUAAUGCGCGAACUUAUUACAGGAAUUUGAUCAAUCAUGUUAGAAAUGGAACUCCAAAGAAGCCUGGAAGGAACAUUGAAACAUUUUUGUUUGCAAUGUUUGAUGAAAAUAGGAAAGGAGGGGAUGAAACUGAGAGACACUUUGGAUUGUUUUACCCUGACAGAAACUCAAAGUAUGAUCAGCUGAACUUUAAUAAUUAAAGAGAUUUAUUUAUGUUGCUGUAAUAUCAACGUAAAACUUUUUAAUUAGUCAAUAUACAUAAGGAAUAACGGAUCAAAAAUGGAUUCUAGUAAAAAUGCUAGCUUUUAAGCUACUAAAACAUGUACGUAUCGUCUUUUUAAAAGACUCAAUGUGUUUUGAGUUUGUAAUCUUAUAACUAUAUACUUGUGGCGUUUCGUCUGUCAACGAAAAGUUGGUUUUUUAUGUAAUUUUAUAUUUUGUUUUAAGAAAAAAGACACAAUAAAAGUCGGAACUUAGGAGUGAUAAAAAUAUUAAAA